CCCCGCGAUCGCUAUGUAGCUUGCGUGGUAGCAGACGCUUAUCAGGAGAUGAAACGCUGUGGGAAGAGGGGUUAAGUAUAAGAGACUAGACGCCCGCGAAUUUGGAUGCUGGGAAAGUUACUUGUGCCUGGUUCUUGUUUGUGUGCUCUGCGUUAUUGAUACUUGCUUCUUAUUAUAUCUGCUGCCUGAACGCAAAUAAGUCUAUUCACAAUGUCGCUGGGUAGAAAGUUCAAGCUCAAUUCCGGGCAUGAGAUUCCAGCUGUCGGUCUUGGAACCUGGUUGUCUAAACCAAAUGAAGUCGAGGAUGCCGUUGAAGUCGCGCUUCGAGCUGGAUACCGACACAUCGACGCAGCCGCUGUUUACCAAAACGAGGCGGAAGUAGGCAGAGGCUGGAAGAAGUCGGGAGUGCCAAGAGAGCAAAUAUUCAUCACCAGCAAACUGUGGAACAGUCACCACCACCCGGACCACGUCGAGGAAGGGCUUAACAAGACCUUGAAAGACCUACAGACUGAUUAUCUUGACCUCUACCUUAUCCAUUGGCCAAUUGCUUUUGAGCACAGUGACGAGACACUCUUCCCUAUUGACCCAGUCACCAAGCGCUUCCGUCUGGCAGACAUUCCCGUUUCUGAUACCUGGGCUGCCCUCGAGAAGCUUGUCAAGGCUGGAAAGAUCCGCAGCAUUGGAAUCAGCAACUUCACUAUUACGGAGACGGAAAAGCUGCUCAAGACCGCUACCAUUCCCCCGGCCGUGAACCAAAUCGAAGCGCAUCCUUACCUGCAACAGCCUGAGCUAUUGAAGUGGCACAAGGAGAAGAACAUCCUCGUUGUCGCCUACAGUCCUCUCGGAAACAACAUUUACAACCUGCCUCGCGUCGUCGAUGACCCUGCCAUCCAGGAAAUCGCCAAGAAGCUUGGAAAGGAUCCUGCACAACUGCUUAUCUCGUGGGCAAUCCAGCGCGGUACGGCCGUCUUGCCGAAGAGUGUCACUCCCGCUAGAAUUCAGAGCAACUUCCAAGAUUUCGUCAUUCCCGAUGAAGACUUCGAGGCUCUUAACAAGCUUGACCGUGGUCAACGGUACAACUUCCCCUUCCGCUGGGGUAAGGAUAUUUUUGGAGAAAUUGGAGACGCAGAAGCGGAGAGGCGCGCAGAAGAGUUUGCUGCGGAGCAAAGAGCAAAGGCAUAAAUGUCUGCUUUGCCAUAGUUAAGUGUUACAUUCUAGACGAAUACAAUAAUGUAUAUG